GUCGCCCGUGGUUCGUUCGUGGCAUGUCGGCCUUCCGGGCGCGGGACGCUGCCUCGGACCCGGGGCACGGGAGCCGCAGGCGGGCCUGGGCCGAGCUGCUGGCGGGAAGAGUCAAGAGGCAGAAAUCGGGUCCUGAAGGUGAGCAGAAGGUCAGGGAGUCGGCUGUGCGCCUCCUGAGGAGCCACCUAAACCUGGGUGACCUUGUGCUUGAGGUAGAAGGUCCUCCCCAUAAACAGCUGUGUCUCAGCCGGUUGAUUGAUGAUGAUGGUCCUGUGGCCCACACUGACCUUUCCAGUUCAUUGAUAGGCUCUGCUUUGCGCGACCAAGCCGCGCAGCUGGGUGUUCCAGCGGCCGUCCUGUCCAGCCAGGUGGUGGCCUCUGGCCUCGUGCGGGUCUGUGAGGCAGAUGCGGGGCCCCCUCCCAAGGUGCUGCUGACACCGGACCAGAGGAAGAAACUGUCUUCCUUGUUUGAGAUCGCUCAGAAGUUAUUAGCACAAAGCAUGUUCUCCCGUCUUUCCUUCUGUCAAGAAUUACGGAAAGUACAGAAUUCUUUGCUGCUUGAAGCUGUGUGGCGCCUUCAUGUUCAAAACAUUGUAAGCCUCCAAGAGCUGCUGGAAAGCCAUGCCGACUCUCAGGCCAUGGUGGCCUGGCUCUCCAGGGACCUGCGCCUGCUGUGUGAGCAGACAGAGGCACCCUGUCAGCAUGCCGAUGUCGCCAGGGCUAUGCUUGCUGAUUUUGUACAAAUGCUUGUUCUGAGGGGAUUCCAGAAGAACGUGGAUGGGAGAGGAACUGUGGAGCCGGAGUGGAUGUCCCAGGUGGCCGUUGCUGUUCUCGACAGGAUGCUGGCUUCCGCGCUCGAAGCUUUGGCGGCCGGGAUACAGGAGGGGUCCAUAGCACACAAGGCAGUGAGCUGCUGGUUCGGUGUGUUCAGUGGACACGUGUAUCGAAGUAUAAUUUCAACCGAGUCUCCAAAGAGGUUCUUCUGUCACACUCUGACCCAGAUCCUCACCCACAAGCCUGUGCUGAAAGUUUCCGACGCUGUUCAGAUGCAGAGAGAGUGGAGCUUUGCAAGGACCCCGCCUCUGCUCAGUGGCCUGUACCGUAGGCUCUUCGUGAUCCUGAGCCCAGAGGAGCUGGUGGGCCACUUGCAAGAGGUUCUGGAGACACAGGAGGUGAACUGGCAGCACGUGCUGUCCUGCGUGUCCACACUGGUGAUCUGCUUGCCAGACGCACAGCAGCUGGUUAAUGGUUGGGUGUCGCGAUUGCUGGCUCAUGCGUUCGAGAGUGGUGACCUGGACAGCAUGGUCUUGGCGUUCCUGGUUGCACGGCAGGCUGCGCUGGAGGGCCCAGCUGCCUUCCCGUCCUAUGCCGCCUGGUUCCAGGCCACCUUCGGGAGCACAAGGGGCUUCCACAGCUGCAGCAAGAAGGCGCUGGUCUUCCUCUUCAAGUUCCUGUCUGACCUCGUGCCCUUCGAGGGCCCCCGGUACCUGCAGGUGCACAUCCUCCACCCGCCACUGGUUCCCAGCAAGUACCGCGCCCUCCUCACCGACUACGUGGCGCUGGCCAGGACGCGCCUGGCCGACCUCAAGGUUUCUAUAGAAAACAUGGGGCUCUAUGAGGAUUUGUCUUCAACUGGGGAUGUCACUGAGCCCCACUGCCAAACGUCCCAGGAUGUUGAGAAGGCCAUCACGGUGUUUGAACACACGGGGAAGAUUCCCGCCGCCGUCCUGGAGGCCAGCAUAUUCCGGAGGUCCUACUACCUGUCCCACUUUCUCCCCGCCCUGCUCACACCGCGAGAGCUCCCGAGGGUCCCUGAUUCCCGGGCCGCUCUCAUAGAGUCCCUGAGGAGAGCAGAUAAAAUUCCCCCCUCCUUAUACUCCACCUACCGCCAAGCCUGCUCCACUGUCGGAGAGAAGAAGCCAGAAGAUGUAGCCUCGCGAAGGGAGCUGGAGCCCAGCUGUACGGAGGAGCCGCUGGGCCUGCUCACAACUGCCCUGCAAGAGCUCAGGGCCUCAGUGACAGAUCCCACCCAGCAUGACGCAUUGUUGGCUCAGAUGGCAGUGAUUUCUGAACGGCUCCACUCCGCCCUGGGCCUGGGCGAGGAUGACAGCGACAUCGAGGGGGCCCCGGUUCAGCUCAGCGUCCGGGCCCCCAAGCUGCAGCCGUGGGAGCAGAGGGUCGUGGACCUCCUGCUGACGUCUUUCUGUCAGAACCUCAUGGCGGCCUCCAGCGUCGCCCCACCAGACAGGCAGGGCCCCUGGGCCGCCCACUUCGUGAGGACCCUGUGCAGACGCAGGCUCCUGCCGGCUCUGCUCAGCAGACUCUGCCAACUGCUCCGUCACCAGGGCCCGAGCCUGAGUGCCUCACAUGUGGUGGGGUUGGCUGCCCUGGCCGUCCACCUCGGCGAGUCCAGGUCUGCCCUCCCGGAGGUGCAUGUGGGCCCUCCCACCCCUGCCAGGGGCCUGCCCGUCCCCGAGCUCUUCGAUAUCCUCCUGCCCUGUAGGACCCAGGAGUCCUCAGCCCUGUGUCUGAAAUUUUGUACAGCGGCAAUUUCUUAUUCUUUGUGUAAGUUUUCUUCCCAGUCACGUGACAUCUUGUACAGCUGUUUGUCUCCAGGCCUUAUAAAAAAGUUCCAGUUCCUCGUGUUCAGAUGGUUCUCAGAGACCCGAGACCCUCCCUCUUGGGAAGACCCGGCCAGCUCUCCCUGGAGGCCCCUGUGCCUGCCCUCCGUGGACUGGCAGCGAGCCGCCCUCUGCCUGUGGAAGCAGAGGACCUUGCGGGAACUGCUGAAGCAGGAGGGGCUCCAUUUGACUUACAGAGACUGGUUACAGCUGGAACUAGAAAUUCAGCCUGAAGUUGAUUCUCUUUCAGAUACAGAAAGGCAGGCCUUCCACCAGUGGGCCAUCCACCAGCACUUCCUCCCGGCGCCCUCUGCCACCGGGGGCUGCGACGGGGACCUGGCAGUCGCCUGUACCACGCUUGUCGACGUGCUCAUGGACUUCUGCCAAAGUUCAAGAAGUUAUGAUCACUCAGAGAAUUCUGAUUUGGUUCUUGGGGGCUGCACAGGAAAUCGGGAUAUUUUUUCCAGAUUGCAGGAGAUGGCUGCUGAUCUGGAGCAGGGCCCAGCGCCCCUCGGCCAUGCUGCUCCCCGGGGCCACUUCCUCUUUGGAGUUUUCUGCAGACGCCUUCAGGCCCUGGCUCGAGGGUGGGACGUGGCCAGCCGCCUGCAGCGACAGCAGGAGCUGCUCAUGUGCAAACGCAUCCUCCUCGGCCUGCCCCCCUCUGUGCUUGUCGGCAGCCCCCGCUUGGAGCAGCUGGCCGCCCCCGACUGCAGUGACUUCUUCCACUUGGUCAACUCGGAGCUGAGAAACUUCUCCCACGACGGCGCCCUGACCCACGACAUCACGGCCCACUUCUUCAGGGGGCUCCUCAACGCCUGUUCACGAAGCAGAGACCCCUCCCUGGCAGCUGACCUGACCCUGACUGCCUGCCAGACCCAGUGCCCCUUGCUUCUGACCUCUGCUCUGCUGUGGUGGCCGCACCUGGAGCCCGAGCUUCACCGCCGGUGGAGGAGAUGCUCCCAGAGCCCGCUGCCUGCAGAGCUGCAGAGGCUGCAGGAGGCCCAGCACUUUGCCGGGAGUUUUAACCUGCUGGAGAACCAUGAACAUCACACUGCAGUCGGAGUGGGGGCCGAGUGGAAGGCAGGUGCAGACUCUGGGGGGAGGACUCCUUGCAAAGCUGAGGCUGCCGGGACCAGGCGCCCCCUCCAGGCAUACCGCUUCCUGCGUCUGGGGCAGAGGGGCAUGUUGACGGCCAAGGGCCAGCCUGUGGAGACCGGUUGGAGGGCCGGGGUGGGUGCGCUUUGGGUUCUGGCUGUGACGGGCUGGGGGGCUCUUGCGGUGACACACACCUCCGUCUACGGCAGCGUCCUCUCCCCACUCGCGGCACCCCCCGCCCCUGGCCCGGCCUGGCUCUGCGCGGCUGCCCUGCACUUUGUGAUUCGACGGGCCGGGAAGGAGAGCGUCCGGCGGGAGCUGGGGCAGCUGGACGGCCAAGGAGAGGAGCUGUUGGUUUUCCUGUUUUUUUUUUCCUUGAUGGGCCUGCUCUCUUCACAUCUGACCCCGCAGGCCAUUGGCUCCCUGAAGGCUCUGAACGUCUGUGCCGAGGUCCUGGGGUGUCUGCAGAGGAAGAGGAUUUCCUGGCUGCUGCUCUUUCAGUUGACGGAGACGGAUGCCAGCCUGGGGCGCACCCUCCUCCGCCUGGCCCCCGACCACCACAUCAGGCUGCUGCCGGUCGCCUUCUACAGCCUCCUGUCCUACUUUGACGAGGAUGCCCUCCUCCAGGAAGACGCCUUCCUGCACGUUGCUGUUAACAUGUACCUGAAGCUCGUGGGCCUCUUCGUGGCUGGGGAAACUGGUGCGGUCUGGACUCUGGCCCACAGUGGGGACCUCCAGGCCCAGGCAGGUGCAGGGCCAGGCCUGUCUCCAGACGGACCCGGGCGGCCAGCUCUUGGGGACGGGCAGCCCCUCCUGGCGCAGCGCGCAGCUGUGAGCACCCUGACCGCGGCUCUGGCUAUCUUCUCUCCAGGGCGACCCCGUAAGCCUGAUAACAAACGCUCGUCUUUUUCUGCUGCAGUUGAUACCUCGGUGCCCGAAAAGGAGCUUCUCAGACAUGGCAGAGCUGCUGGGCGUGAGCGCGGACUGUGACCCGGAAGUGCGUGCCGCCCUCCUCAGCAGGCGGCAGGCCGUGCUGGACCCUGACCUCUACCAGGAACCCCGUCUCUUCUGACAGGAUCUGCACAGGGCAUAGCCCAGCUCCUCGGUAAAUAAUUUAUUACAAGCGUAACGUGGAGCUCUCGUUGCCCUGAAAAGUGGGUUACAAACCUCGACUGCAUUAGCAGGGAAGAGGAAUCAAUUCUUUGAAGUCUACCUCUGGCCCCAAGUCACUCUGUUUAUAGGAGAAGAAACUGCCGGUCCCGGAGCAGAAGCCACAAGGCCCUGUGAGCUGUGUGCUGAGCCCCUGCCGCCCAGCACGCGGGGUGGGGGCUCGUCGGGGUGCAGAGCUGUGCCGUGAGGCCUGAACCCCCGUCACUGCCCACUGAGCUCGGGGGUGGGCGUGCCCUCAGGUGGGCUCAGCCUUCACGGCCUGCCCCGCCGCAGGCCCAGGCGGGGGCUCCGCGGCCUUGUCCGGGGUCUGCGUCAGGGGGUGCACCAUGGACAUGUGCACGUUGAGGUUGUGAGCCUUCUCGAACCGCCGGCCACACUGGUCACAGGCAAAGUCCAGCUCCGUCUCGGCCUUGUGCUUAGUCAUGUGGUACUUCAGGGAUGCCCGCUGCCGGCACUGGAACCCGCAGACUUCGCACCUGGGGGCCGGGGGCAGGUGAGCCAGGGCCCCACUGGUGGGAGAGACACCCCCGCUCCCCCCCAACUUACUGCAGCGGCUUGGCUCCUGAGUGGCGCAUCUGGUGGACCAGGAGGUGCUUCCGCUGCUUGAAGGUCUGCCCACACUCGUCACAGAUAUAGUUCCGCACCUCUGGGGACCAGAGAGGCAGUGACCACAGGCCCUGACACCCUCCCCUCGGUGCCCAAGUGCUUUACAGGUGACACAGCUCUGAUACAUAGCCCUCCGUGUCGCCUGAAAUUGUCACCUGGCUGCGGCUUCCUCUCCAACUACUGUGUACAUUUCAUCUGGAGCCUGUUUUCUUGCCCUUUAGGCCGAUUUCCUUGAGCACAAAUUUUUAGAGGAAGCCAAAUCAGUAAGGUUUCAUAGAUGACUGAUGACAGUUGCUGCUACUCUAAGACCCACCGCCACGCUGGGCCCACCGCAGGGUGCCCACUGCAGGGUACCCACUGCGAAGGCAGUCUUAACGCUGUUGAACAGAACUUGAACCGUUAUGCCCCACACCAGUGGUUCCACUGCAGGCCGUGCCAGUGGGGCAGCUGCCACACGCUUCCCGCCCCACGUCACUGCACGUCCCACUGCUCAUCUAUCAGUACCUGAACUAGCCUCCCAGGCAGGCUCCUCCCUCACUAGGGGCAACCGUCCCGAUAGCACUCGAUCUAGCCUCUUUUGUGUUAAAAACAAAAACUGCUUGUGGUCACGACCACUGGCAUCCAGACUGAGAACAGCUUGACCCAACCCAAGAGAAUCACUGUGUUUGUUAGAAGACACAGACAAGAACACUUGGAGCAAAAAACACAGGAAAACUGUUUCGCUGUGGAACCAACAAGUAAAUGUGUGCCAACAAUUAAACCGUCAAA